CUGCGGGUUGGGUGGGAAGAUAACGCAGCGGCGAGUGCCGAAGAUGAAAUGAAAUUGCUUGCGUGAUAUCUUAUGAUCUGUUCUUGUGUCACGAUGGCCAUCAUCUGCACCCCUGACCAAAGCGAUGUGCAAUGAGCGUUGGGCAUCUGGGCGGACAUAUGGGCAUCGCCAAUUCGCAAAAGUUCCCAUCGCCCCCAACACUGAGAGUACGAAAGCAACAUUAUUCACAGUCCCAUUCCAUCCCGUAGAUGUUCUACCACCACGUCCUACCGCGGCCCAGCACACGCCCCCUGCUCGCACCAAAAGCUUCCAAUGCGAUCAUCAUUUUCCCGCAACCUUCCAUCACGCCUAUCCUUUGCCGAGAAUAGGUACUGUGCCGGAUCGCACCCGUCGCCCGCAUAGAAAUCGCAGCACCCGUUCGCGACCGCGUAGCUCGAGAUCUACCCCCCCUCCCCUCUCUGCAUCAGCGUCUCUCCCUCUCUCUUCAUCAGUGGUAUACGGGGGGAGGGGGAGGCAAACACGGCCACGCCGCUGUCCAACCCCGUGGCACAGCUUGGUCACCACCAUCCCCUGGAACGAGGCGCCGCGGAAGUUCGCGUUGUCGAAGAGCUCGACCCAUACGUGGAUCGGGCCGAUGAUGCGUUGUUGCUGCUGCUCCGGGGCCGUGGCGGCGACGGUGAUGGCGAGGGUGGAGAGGAUGAGCGCGAGGAGGAGGUGGAGGACGUGUAGGAGGUGCAUUGCGUCGUGUCGUGUCGCGCGUGGUGUGUGAGUGGGUGCUGUCUGGUGGGAGCCGUAUGGUGGGUGUUCGAUGCGGGGUUUUAUCGGUGGUCGUCGUCGGCCGUGAAAGGAGGCGCGUGGUGCACCACUUGGAUGGAUGAAGUGCGGUUUGUUUGCGGAGUGCAGCUGCGCGAGGUCACACUGACGCUGAGCUGCUUGUGUUGUGCUGUGCUGUGCUACAUACAAUGCUACAUACGAGGAGUGCAAUCGGUGGGCACCGGGGGCGGAAUCGGUCACACUCGAGCUCGUCGAGAAGGUGCGAGUUCAUCCAAGGCACCGGUAUACGGUAUCAUGCAUUUCUUGCGAAAGAAAGUCACAGUAGGCACCAAUACUUCGGAUCUCGUGAGACGUUGACGUGAGGAUGAUACCGUAGUUACUGAUGUGUACUUAAGCUUAGAUACCU